GCCAAGAUAUAUAGGAGGGGUUGUGUCAGGCUUCAUUAUUUACUGGCGACCGUGAUUGCUUGGAAACUGGUGACUGGGGUUAUAUCCCUUUUGAAUGAUAAUAAAGAAAGAUAUACAACACAUAGGGCAUGUCCAGUAGUGAAUAAGCGCAGGUCUUAAAAUGUAAGCACAGCUGACGCUGCACAUACCCGGCUGAGACGUUGAUAUGCGAUUCUUCAACUUCACAUAGAACGGGUAACUGAUCAGUGUGAAAUAUCUUCUCUGCGGGUCUGUGGACGUUAAUAGUCGAGGGAUCUCUGCCAAACAUAUGUGAUCAGGAUGAACAGGACAGCAGAGCGAAGAUUAGCACUUAAUUUCCUUGUACGUGCAGGAAAGGAUUUGUCCAUACUGGAUGACGAUGGUAACAACUUCCUCCAUAUGACCUGUCUUGAAGGAGAUCUAGUGAUGAUGGAGUAUGUCCUUGCAAAGGACAUCUUUGACAUCAAUAGUAGGGGAAAGUAUGGAAGAACCUCUGUUAUGAUAGCAGGAAUGAAAGGACGUAGACAUAUGCUGGACGUCCUUGUAAAGAAAGGAUGCAACGUCUCAUUACUAGAUGAUGACAAAAACAACAUCCUUCAUCUGGUCUGCAGUGAAAGUGAUGUUGAGAUGGCGAAGUGUGUCCUCUCAUGGAACAUCAUUGACAUCGACAGCAGAGGAAAGUGCGGUAUGACACCAGCGAUGAUGGCAGCAGUGUCAGGGUGUAGAGAACUGCUCAUCCUGCUUUUGCUAGAAGGAGCUGAUACAUCGCUAAUGGACGAUCGUGGUAACACCGCGUUCCACUGGGCUUGUACAGUAGGAGAUGUUGAAGUGGUCCAACACUUCCUAUCGAUGGGCAAUGUCGACAUCGAUGGUCCUGGACAGGAUUCAUGGACACCGGUAAUGAUGGCUGCUGGGAAAGGACACAGAGGAGUGUUUUCUUUACUAGUGGAAAAAGGAUGUGAUUUGACGCUUGAUGCUGGUGGUGCAAGUAUCCUCCAUGCAGCCUGCACUGGGGGAGAUGAGGAGAUAGUGGAGUAUGUCUUGUUACAGGACAUCGUGGAUGUUAACAAAAGAGAGAAGACUGGGAGGACACCCGUGAUGAUUGCAGCCGAAAAGGGACACAGAAAAGUAUUUGAAGUCCUUUUGAGUAAAGGCAUCGACAUGAAACCAGAGGUUGAUGGCAAUAGUACCAUUCUUCACAUAGCCUGUGUUGGAGGAGACGUGGGGAUUGUAAGCUCUAUCCUUUCACUUGGCACUGUUGACAUCAACGGGAAGGGAAUGUAUGGGAGGACGCCUGCGAUGAUUGCAGCCGAGUUUGGACACUGGCGAGUGUUUGACCUGCUUUUCAAAAGACAGUCUGAUAUUUCCAUCAACGAUCAUUUCGGCAACAGCUGCCUUCAUGUGGCCUGCCUUAGAGGCCGCGUGGAAAUGGUCAAUUAUUUGCUCUUUCACCAACUUUGUGAGAUUAAGGCCAUCAAUAAUCAAAGUUUAACACCAGCGAUGAUGGCAGCUGCAGGACAACAUAUGUCCGUGUUUCAUAUUCUUACAUCAUAUGGCAUCCUAAGCAAUGUAUUGUUUACCCAGUGAAAAUAAUGUUGAGAAGUAAUGGGAGAUGUAGCGAUAUGCAUGCUGAACAGUGAUCAAGGGGAAGCUAUAUAUAUAUGAAACUCCAGUUUUCUCUGUUGGUGAAGAAAGUGAACAGCAUCUCAUUUUUAGAUUUGGUUUUCUGAACGCAAGAUCUGCAAGUUUAACAAAUGAUAACGCUCCAGCAAUGUGUGAUUUGACAGAUAAUAAUAAUGUUGAUGUCCAUGCGAUCACAAUAUCGCAAAACACAAACUUGUCCUAGCUGGCUACUAAUUCACGCUCCAAGGAAAGUUAAAACGUGGAGGUGUAUAUUGUGUUGUACUUUUUCAAACUAUCGACUGCAAAAGUGCUACUGGUUUGAAACCUGCAGUUUCUUUCAAGUUACGUACGCUGAAUUUGAAUGUGUGCAAUCAAAAGUUGCUUACUCAGGUUGGGUAAAGACCACCUGCAACAGGACUUGUCAGAUUUGACAGAUGAAUUAAAGAACUCAAAUGGAAAAGUUAUCAUUUGUGAAGAUUUCAAUAUCCACGGUCAUAAUAUUAAUGACAACUGUUAAGGUCACUGUUGGUAUCAAAGAAUCUUGUUCAGCACAUUCUGUUUCCAACAUAAAGUAAUGGACACAAGAUCGGAUUUACUUAUCACAAGAUCGGAUUGGUUGCACUUCUUGAACAUUAUACAUGAUAACUUGGCACUGUUUGGUCAUGUGUGUGCAGUGGUUACAGUAAAUAUAACCUAACUAUGAGAUAAACCUGAAAUAAGAUGUCAGAAGUAGGAAGUAGACGGAUUUCAUCUUGUUCCCACAGGAUGUGCACUAUCGAUGUUGUUUCGGGCGAUCUUUUAGAAUCUGUCAGUAUUUACAACAAGCAGUUUGGUGGGAUUCUAGACAAGCAUGCUCCACCAAUGAACGUGAGGUGUCCGACAGCCUCGUUGUCAGAUGAGAUAAGAAAGGAGAAACAUCAGCGCCGUCAGUUAGAGUGAGUGAGUGAGUGAGUAUGGUUUUACGCCGCUUUUAGCAAUAUUCCAGCAACAUCACGGCAGGGGACUCCAGAAAUGGGCUUUACACAUUGUACCCAUGUCGGGAAUCGAACCCGGGUCUUCGGCGUGACGAGCGAACGCUUUAACCACUAGGCUAUCCGACCGCCCCCCGUCAGUUAGAGAGACAAUGAUGAGAACUAACUUGACAAUCCAUAGACAGCUGCUUUCAGUAUCACGUGAUAUGUUAACAAACUUAUCGAUAAAACUAAAGCAUCACAUUUCAAAACAGGUAUAAAGGAGAGGCUACAACACAGACAGAGAUCUGCAGUGCAGAAACAGUUUGCUGUUUGGGAAGAAACAAAGGCUUCUCCCCUCACUAUAAAAUCUCCAACCAAAUCAUGUUCCUGUGCAGUCCAGACAUAUGCGACCCACGCUUAUUGUUUAGCUAAAAACGCUGCUCCAACUUUCCUCGUCAGCUACAGUCAUACAUGCAUCUACAGUUUAAAAGACUCACAGUAUACCGACUCCGAGCCGACCAUUCCUUGUUUUAGCCUCUUAAUGUCGAGCUCCAGACAGGUUAACAACAAGUACCAUCUUUUAACGUCUUCUGGUAUGACACGGCCGGGGAUCGAACCCCUGACCUUCCGCUCUCCGGGCGGACGCUCUACUUCUAAACGGCCUCCUUAAAUCUGAGGAACAUCGGUCGAACUGAACAUGACACAGACAGUCAAGAUAAAAGUCCAGGCAUGCUUGAUCUCAUGUCGGGACCCCUGUCAUUCCUUUAUGUAUUGAGCACCUCAGCAAACCACCAACAAGUUUCAUAGAGCACAAAGUUCAGCUGCAAAACUCAAGAGUGGGACAAAUAAUUAUGACCAAACUCCAAUCUGGACCAAAAGCUGGACCACUACACUCGAAUGGACUCGAGACUCACAUUCAAGUAUAACUGUCUUUCGCACGUUCAUGAAACGUCUCAAAACAGCUUUCUGCUGCAAAGCCUUUGACUGAGCGCCUUUGAGCAAAUGUUUGAACAGAAUUUAUUAGAUUUAGGUUGAAAUAUGAUUAACACAUUUUUGUCAACUCACAAUUGUCUCAACUGCAACUGUUUUUUGUUUUGUUUCAUUCUGAUUAAUUUUUUAGCCUUUAAAACUAUUGCUGGGAGUUGUUUAUAUAUGAUUGUAACCAUGCAUCUACAGAGUUUGUUUCAUUCCCAUUUGAACUGUGGUUUUAAUUUUAUUGUAAAAUGUUUUU